UUGCCAGGGGAACGGGGCACCGCGCUUUCCGGCGCAGUCGCGGCGCGAAGCAGCUGUCAUGGCGGAAGCGGUGUGGAGCACUGACACCGGCGAGGCCGUGUAUCGCUCCCGGGACCCCGUGCGCAACCUGCGCCUCCGAGUUCAUCUGCAAAGAAUCACAUCAAGCAACUUUCUUCAUUACCAGCCUGCUGCCCAGAUGGGGAAGGACCUCAUAGACUUGGCCACUUUUAGACCGCCUCAAGCAGCUAGUGGACACCGCCCCGAUGAGGAAGAGGAGGAAGAGGUUGUCAUUGGGUGGCAGGAGAAACUUUUUAGCCAGUUUGAAGUAGAUCUGUACCAAAAUGAAUCUGCAUGUCAAAGUCCGUUGGAUCAUCAGUACCGUCAAGAGAUCCUGAAGCUGGAGAAUUCCGGCGGCAGGAAAAACCGGCGAAUCUUCACCUACACCGACUCUGAUAGAUACACUGACUUGGAAGAGUACUGUCAGGAAAUAACCACUGCAGCCAGCGAGGUGCCAUCAUUUCUGGUUGAGCGGAUGGCGAACGUCAGGCGGCGGCGCCAGGACAGGCGAGGGAUGGAGGGCAGCAAACUCAAGUCUCGCAUCAUCACCUGGGAGCCCUCGGAAGACUUCAUCAGGAACAGCCACGCCAUUAACACCCCUCUUCAGACCAUGUACAUAAUGGCUGACCUGGGGCCCUAUGGAAAGCUUGGCUAUAAGGCAUAUGAGCAUGUCCUCUGCAUUCUGAAGGUGGACAGCAAUGGAGUGAUCACGGUGAAGCCUGACUUCAACGGCAUCAAAGGACCCUACAGAAUUGACACUGAGGGAGAGAAGCAGGAACAUACUUCUGCUUGGAAAUACACAAUUGACAACGUGUCCUCCCUCGCACAGCCAGAGGAGGAGGAGCGGGAACAGCGAGUGUUCAAGGAUCUUUAUGGCCGCCACAAGGAGUACCUCAGCAGCCUCGUGGGCACAGACUUUGAGAUGACCAUCCCAGGCGCCCUCAGGCUCUUUGUAAAUGGAGAGGUAGUUUCAGCCCAAGGCUAUGAGUAUGACAACCUCUACAUCCACUUCUUUGUGGAGCUGCCAGCGACCAACUGGUCAAGCCCAUCAUUCCCGCAGUUCUCAGGAGUGACCCAGACCUGUGUCACCAAGUCCCUGGGAAUGGACAAGGUGGCCUAUUUCUCCUACCCAUUCACAUUUGAAGCCUUCUUUCUCCACCAGGACGAAUUGACUGACACCCUCCCGGAGUGGCCCGUGCUCUACUGUAAGGUCCUCUCCCUGGACUUCUGGCAGAGGUACCGUGUGGAAGGCUAUGGGGCUGCAGUGCUGCCGGCCACCCCAGGAUCACAUACCCUGACCAUCUCCACAUGGAGGCCCAUGGAGCUGGGCCUCGUAGCAGAGCUAAGGAGGUUCUUCAUAGGCGGUUCCCUGGAGCUGGAGGACCCCUCCUACGUGAGGAUUCCGGGAACCUUCAAGGGGGAGCGUCUGAGCCGCUUUGGAUUCCGUACUGAGACGACAGGCACUGUCACCUUCCGCUUGCACUGCCUGCAGCAGUCCAGGGCUUUCAUGGAAUCCAGCUCCCUCCGGAAACAGAUGAGGAGCGUGUUGGACCGCCUGGAAGGGUUCAGCCAGCAGAGUUCUACGCACAAUGUGCUAGAAGCCUUUCGUCGAGCCCGGCGCCGCAUGCAAGAGGCCCGAGAGAGCCUCCCCCAGGACCUUAGACCACAUUGGUCUACCAAACUGGAUGAUCUAGAAGCUUCCAGCUGGCUCCUCUGUGUAGCCUUCAGCAGGACUUUCUUCCCCAUGGAAGUUAAGCCAGAGACUCUGGGCCCCAUGUGACCCCCCCUCCUCAUGUUUCGGUUACCAAACAUGGGCACCAUAACAAGACAGGCUGUGUAGUCUGAGACUCGUUUGGUGUGAGCCCAGGGUUAGCCUGUCCUCAACACAGGCUCUUUUCUGGUUUGUCCCACAGUCUGUCUCAGUGGCAGAGAGCUGUAGAAAGCUCCUGUUUCAUAGCCCUUAAAAAUGGAGCUUGGUGGCCUGGAGUAGUGGCGCACACCUUUAAUCCCAGCACUUGGGAAGCAGAGGCAGGUGGAUCUCUGUGAGUUCAAGGCCAACCUGUUCUACAUAGUGAGUUUCAGGACAGCCAGAGUGCCAUAGUGAGACCCUGUAUCAAAACAAGCAAACAGCAAAAUGGAGUUUGGCAUCGUCCAAGGAGAAAGAUGCAUGAGAGAGCUCUGUCUCCCUCGCCUUCCAAGAAAAGUGGAGGCGAAGAGGCCUCAACUUCCUGACUGAAUUCCUGUCACCCUUUCUCAGGCAGCUCAUCCUACAGUGCAUGUCUGGCCGAGUUUAGGACAUGGCCUAGGGUAGUUCUCUGCCCUUCCUGUUAGCUACGUAAGGUCCUUUAUUGUAUUUGUUUGUUUUUCAUAUAAAAAGUAUUUAUAUUGACUGAU